ACUCUCUCCUGCAUAUGCCAAAUGCUUCUGUUGCACUUGCAUGGAUAUGAACAUAAUAUUGCAUGUAGCUUUGCAUGCAUAUGCUCUUCUUGAUCACUAUAUAAACCCAUCACUGCCUCUCUUCUUGCUCAUCUCCCAAUCCACUACUUCUUGCUGAUCAUCAUAUAUCUCUUGUGAGCUUCAGCAAUGGGGGCUCUGCCAAGGGCUCUAGUCCUCGGCGUUUGCGCCGCCGUCUUGCUGGUGAACGUGCUCGCCGUUGCCGCCGACGGCGACGCCGCGGCGGCGGCGUCCAUGGUCGUCGGAUUGGCCAAGUGCGCCGACUGCACCAGGAAGAACAUGAAAGCUGAGGCCGUUUUCAAGGGUGUUCGCGUGGCGAUCAAGUGCAAGAACAGCAACGGCGAGUACGAGACGAAGGCCACCGGCGAGGUCGGCAAGUCUGGCGCGUUCGCCGUGCCCCUCGCGGCGGACCUCCUCGGCGACGACGGCGAGCUGAGGCAGCAAUGCUUCGCGCAGCUGCACAGCGCGGCGUCGAACCAGCCAUGCCCCGGGCAGGAGCCGUCGUGGAUCGUCAACGCCGCCGCCGACAAGAAGAAGACCUUCGUCGCCGUCGCCGGCGACACCCACUUCCCGUCGUCGGAGUGCGCGUCGGCGUUCCUCUGCGACCCGUUCCACAAGAAGGACUUCUUCUUCCACUACAAGAACCCGUCGCCGCCAGCGCCGGCGGCGUACCACAAGCCGCCGCCGUCGUACACGCACCCGGCGCCGCCGGUGUACUCCUACCCGACGCCGGCGUACUCUCACCCGACGCCGGUGUACAAGCAGCCGCUGCCGACGCCGUCGCCGCCGAUCUACCACCCGCCGGCGGAGGAGAAGAAGGUGGCGAUGCAGGACGACGCGGAGGCUGACCCCGAGCUGUUCAAGAAGCUGCUGCCAUUGAUCAAGAAGAAUCCAUUCCUCAAGUUCCCCAAGCUCCCGCCUGUGGAGGUGGAGGCAAAGCCAUAGAUGGUCGCCGGCUUCGCCGCGGCGCCAUGAUCGAUCGAUCGAAGCGAGGAAACAUGAGUACUAGCUGGUUUAAUUGCUUCGUUUCUUUGUGUGUUUUUCACACCGGCUACUCGAGCUAGUUAAUUACUGCCCUUCUAGCGUUGUUGAAGCUUGGUCUGUUGCCUGCCUGCUAGCUUAACUAUUCAGAUAUAAAUAAAAGCUUCUGUUCUCUAUGAUGUGAUUA